AACAGGAAAACGCAAAGUGUGUCUGAUUGAUCUGACGCCCUGUAACACAGAUCAGUUGCGUAAGAUAUAUGGAGCCACCAUCUGCUUCCUGAUUAGUCCUGAUCUCUGCCAUGGCUCUGGAAAUGAAGAGCUCCUCAGGCCUUAGCAAAUCAUGCAUACUCAUAAUUGUGGUGGCGAGCGUGGAGAGAUUUGCUUACAAAGGAGUGGCCUCCAACCUGCUGAGCUAUCUCACUCACCAUGUGAAGAUGAGCACCUCUUCGGCUGCCAAGAGCGUCAGCACUUGGAGUGGAGUCACUUCCAUGCUUCCUCUCGCCAGUGCGAUCCUCGCUGAUUCCUACUGGGAUCGUUACUCCACCAUUACAGUCUCUUCCUUGCUCUACAUCAUGGGAUUUGUGGGGUUGACCUCGUGGGCGUUGCUGUGCGCAUGGAUGCCGACUUCAUCUCUGUUCCUUCCGCUCUACUUGAUUUCCUUAGGUCAAGGAGGAUACAACCCUUCGUUGCAAGCGUUCGGAGCCGAUCAGUUGGACACAGAUGACGAGAGGAGCAACAAGAAGAGCUUGUUCUUCCAGUGGUGGUACUUCGGCAUCUGCAGCGGCAGCCUCUUGGGCAACUCCGUCAUGUCCUAUAUCCAAGACACUUUUGGUUGGGGACUGGGGUUCGCCAUCCCUACAUGUGCCAUGGCCGUCUCGGUGGCUUGCUUCCUCUGCUCGUCCCGGUUUUACGUCCACAAGAUCCCCGAUCGGCCUUAUAAAUUCAGGUCGAAAAGCCUCAUCGGUUUGGAAAAUGAUGCUGAAGAACUCGAGUUACAAGCGAAACCUCUUGGCUCGGCGUCUGAUUGCACCGGCGGCGACGUCGCCGAUGAACCGCCUGGCGUGGCUAGAACAAUACUCAGACUCCUGCCAAUCUGGACGAUGCUCCUCACGUUCGCAGUGAUCUUCCAGCAGCCGCUCACCUUCUUCACGAAGCAAGGCAUGAUGAUGAAACACAGCGUCGGACAGCGACGAACAAUCGUGAUCCCUCCGGCGAUGCUGCAGAGCGCCAUCACCAUGUCCAUCAUCCUCAUCAUGCCUCUCUACGACAAGCUCAUAAUCCCCUUCCUCCACCUCCUCACCGGAAAAGAGAAGGGAAUCACUGUGCUCCAGAGGAUCGGCAUUGGGAUGUGUCUCUCCGUCAUCGCCAUGGUCGUCGCCGCCGUCGUCGAAUCGAAACGGAUCCGAAUUCUGCAAAGUGGAGGAAUGUUCCUGCCACACGAUCAGCCGCUUCAGCUUGAAUCUCAGCUGAGCAUCUUUUGGCUGUUGCCGCAGUACAUUCUCCUGGGAAUUUCCGACGUGUUCACCGUCGUGGGGAUGCAGGAGUUCUUCUACAUGGAGGUGCCGGCGACGAUGCGGACGAUCGGAAUUGCGCUGUACCUCAGCGUUUUCGGAUUCGGAAGCUUCUUGAGUGCUCUUCUGAUAUCAGUUCUGGAAUUUUUCAGUAAAUCAAAUGGGAAGAACCAAAGCUGGUUCUCCGAUGAUAUCAGGGAAGCAAGGCUCGACAGCUACUACUGGUUCUUAGCUUCGUUGAGCGCCAUUAGCUUUCUUGCGUUUGCAUACUUGUGUAGACACUACAACAAUAUGAAUUAAUUCUUCCCAAAACUAAAAAUGAUU